AUGAGCCAUAACGGACGGCAGGGAAGGAUGAGCGAGUGUUCUGGAGCAGCUGUUUCCGGGGCGGUGAUCCUGGAGGAACCUGAGGGUUCAGGGGCUACAGGGGGCCGCGGCGAGGGCCAGGCCCAGGAUCAGGGUCCCUUUCGCUGUGCGGUUUGGCCUCGCCAGCAGACAUGGCUGUGUGUGGUCCCCUUAGUUAUCGGCUUCAUUGGCCUUGGAUUGAGCCUGAUGCUGCUGAAAUGGAUUGUUGUUGGUACAGUGCGGGAUUAUGUGCCGACAGACCUCGUGGAUGCUAAUCGAAUAGGCCAGGAUCCUAUCUUCCUCUCUAAGCCAAGCGGGAUUCCCAAGAGUCCUGAUACUACCACCACCACAACUACUCCUACAGUUGAUGGUGGGAACCCCACACCUAGAACUGUAACUGUUGCGAAAGGAAGAACUCGUACCACUACUACCACCACGACUAUAAGCCCUAGAGGUGGAGGAGCCUCAGGUAGCCAAGUAACUCCUCGGAAUCCUGGAAAUCGUAACGGACGUGGACCAUCGGGUUUUACUACGACCACUGCAGCACCACGGACAACUUUCAUAAUUGGGGCGGCCACAUCUAGCCCGUCGCCGUCAAAUCCAACUGUACUCCACGACUCUACGCAGAUGUGGACCCUGGAGCAUACUACUACUGAGACCGUCUCCACCACGCUCACCACCCGCUCCCACGGACACCGCAAAACACCAUCUCCGACUGUCCCUCCGCUGCACUCGGAGCAUUUCAAACCCUGUCACGAGAAGGACCUGGCCUACUGCCUGAAUGGAGGCGAAUGCUUUGUCAUUGAGACGCUUAGCGGGCCCCACAAGCACUGCAAGUGUCGAGAAGGCUACCAGGGAAUCCGCUGCGACCAGUUUCUGCCAAAGACAGACUCCAUCCUGUCUGAUCCGAAUCACUUGGGCAUCGAGUUUAUGGAGAGCAAAGAAGUGUACAAGAGACAGGUGCUGUCAAUCACGUCCAUCGCCAUGGCCAUCAGCCUCCUGGGAACGCUGUGCAUGGCCCUCUACUGCCGCAACAAGAGGCGCAGGGAGAAGAUCCAGGCCCACCUGAAGGAGAGUCGCAGUUUGAAAAACUACACCGCUAACGCCCUGGAUGCCAAGAUGAGGGCCUCAAACACCAACCUGCAAAUGCACGAGUACUGCAAACGCUCCUCCCAGCCUCGCCAGGGAAACGUCUGUGAGUCCAGCUUUGCACACUGCAACAUCUCAACUACACCCUGCAGCAGCUCCAGAGGCACCGCCAAACAUCACAGAAGUGGGUCCUUGUCUCACAGCCCGGAUCAGAGAACCCGGUCAGCCCAUUGGUCGGCUCCACGUAGGACCCCGCCCAUACCCAGGGGAAGGCUUAAUCCAAUUGGAGGAUCCAAGUAUUCAGGCCCCGCUUACCAACACCUCCAGGAAGUAGACUCAUCCGAGAGGGAGUCCGAAGCGCAAAGAGGUUGCCAGGUAGAGAACCAGUGUGACGACCCCAGACGAGAUGCCUUCCUACAUAUGCAAACUCCUGUUUCCAUGAAGACAUCGUCGCCUUGGAGCGGCCGCAUGGAGGUGCGUUCAGGCGCACCGUCCGAGCACACCGAUCCCAACCCCAACACCCGCAGCCUACGCCGGCCUGGGCGCCGUCACAGCCACUCCCCGCCUCCUCCCUUUCGCUCCUGCUCUAUCCCCAUCAUCCCCUCCGUGCAGUGCCACCACGACAGCGAGGUGUCUUGUAUGCAAACCAGCGUCACACCCGCAACCACAGCGAUGUCAUCCACCUGCGGAGCAGUGCCCUGCAAGGAAACGAGGAGAGAGAAGGCAGCAUACGCCACUUCCUGCUCAUCUGCCAUCGGUCAGCAGCAGGAUGAGGUGGCGCUGCUGCUGGAGGAGGCGCAGGAGCAGCUCAGGGCGUUGGCGUUGGCUCACAGGAAGCAAGAAGACGGCGUGAUCGGGGGAUCGGCAGCCACCUUGGUGGAGGCCAGAGAAACUGUUUGCUUCCUGAACCUUAACGGAGGAAGUGCCGGAGCGCUGAGCUGUAACGGACCCACGCAGACCCAGCUGCUCAGCCCCAGCAUAUCACACAGAGACCUGGGCCAAACCAGCCAAUGAAAGGACACCGUCUCAGACAUUCCCCCUCUCGGUUUGACAGUGUUUGACAGACUCUGGUGUUCUGCAUCUGUGGGACGCGAAUGGAAAUUAAAAAAAAAAAACAAAAAAGUAAUAUCAUGGAAAUCUGAAAAUGUGCUCUUGAUAUGCAUACUGUAUGGAUACAAACAUACAAACACUUCUCGAGUGGCCGCCUU